GCGGAGGCAUCGGCGUGGCGGCGCGCACGGCAUGGCGGCGGCGGCGGCGCGCCAGAGGUAGAGGGACGCCGGCCCGCUCAGGCCUCGGCGCGGCCUACACGCUUCGCUCGCUCGCUCCCGCCCCGCGCCCCGCGCCCCGCGCCCGGCCAUGGCGGAGCCCUCGCCCGCCCGACGCCCGGUGCCCCUCAUCGAGUCGGAGCUGUACUUCCUCAUCGCCCGGUACCUAUCGGCCGGCCCGUGUCGGAGAGCCGCCCAGGUGCUGGUGCAGGAGCUGGAGCAGUACCAGUUGCUGCCGAAGAGGUUGGACUGGGAGGGCAACGAGCACAACAGGAGCUACGAGGAAUUGGUCUUGUCCAAUAAGCAUGUGGCUCCUGAUCAUCUGUUGCAAAUCUGCCAGCGCAUUGGUCCCAUGUUGGAUAAAGAAAUUCCACCCAGUAUUUCAAGAGUCACUUCUUUACUUGGUGCAGGAAGGCAGUCUUUGCUACGUACAGCAAAAGACUGCAGGCACACAGUUUGGAAGGGCUCUGCCUUUGCUGCUCUUCACAGAGGAAGACCUCCCGAAAUGCCGGUGAAUUAUGGUUCCCCACCAAGUCUUGUGGAGAUACAUCGAGGAAAACAACUCACAGGGUGUUCCACUUUUAGCACAGCAUUUCCAGGAACCAUGUAUCAGCACAUCAAAAUGCACAGAAGGAUUCUCGGACAUCUGUCUGCUGUUUACUGUGUAGCAUUUGAUAGGACAGGACAUAGAAUCUUUACAGGUUCAGAUGAUUGUUUGGUGAAGAUUUGGUCAACACACAAUGGCCGCCUAUUAUCCACAUUAAGAGGUCAUUCUGCAGAAAUUUCAGAUAUGGCGGUCAACUAUGAGAAUACGAUGAUCGCUGCAGGGAGCUGUGAUAAGAUCAUCAGAGUGUGGUGCUUGAGAACUUGUGCCCCGGUCGCUGUGCUCCAAGGACACACGGGGUCAAUCACAUCUUUACAGUUUAGCCCAAUGGCCAAAGGCUCCCAAAGAUACAUGGUCUCUACUGGUGCUGAUGGGACAGUUUGUUUCUGGCAGUGGGAUUUAGAAUCCCUGAAAUUCAGUCCACGUCCCCUGAAGUUCACGGAGAAGCCUAGACCAGGUGUUCAGAUGCUUUGUUCUUCUUUUAGUGUUGGUGGUAUGUUUUUAGCCACAGGUAGUACUGAUCAUGUAAUCAGAAUGUAUUUUUUGGGUUUUGAAGCACCUGAAAAAAUCGCGGAACUUGAAAGCCACACGGAUAAAGUUGAUAGCAUCCAAUUUUGUAACAAUGGUGAUCGGUUCUUAAGUGGUAGCAGAGACGGAACAGCAAGGAUUUGGAGAUUUGAGCAGUUGGAAUGGAGAAGCAUUUUAUUGGAUAUGGCGACCAGAGUCUCAGGGGAUUUAUCUUUGGAAGAGGAAAGGUUUAUGAAACCCAAAGUAACAAUGAUAGCUUGGAAUCAGAAUGAUAGCAUUGUUGUCACAGCCGUGAAUGAUCAUGUCCUUAAAGUGUGGAAUUCUUACACUGGACAGCUGCUUCAUAACUUACUGGGACAUGCUGAUGAAGUCUUUGUCUUGGAGACGCAUCCCUUUGAUUCCAGAAUUAUGUUAUCUGCAGGACACGAUGGCAGCAUAUUUAUAUGGGAUAUUACAAAAGGCACCAAGAUGAAACAUUAUUUUAAUAUGAUUGAAGGACAAGGACACGGAGCUGUUUUUGACUGUAAAUUUUCACAGGAUGGACAGCAUUUUGCCUGUACAGAUUCGCACGGACACCUUCUGAUAUUUGGGUUUGGAUGCAGCAAGCCAUAUGAAAAGAUUCCUGAUCAGAUGUUCUUCCAUACCGACUAUCGACCACUGAUUAGAGAUUCUAAUAAUUAUGUCUUAGAUGAACAAACUCAGCAGGCUCCUCACCUUAUGCCUCCACCGUUCUUGGUAGAUGUAGAUGGAAAUCCUCAUCCAACUAAGUAUCAGAGAUUAGUGCCAGGCCGAGAAAAUUCCGCAGAUGAACAUUUGGUUCCACAGCUAGGCUAUGUGGCAACAAGCGAUGGAGAAGUGAUUGAACAAAUUAUAAGCCUCCAAACCAAUGAUAAUGGUGAACGCAGCCCCGAGUCCAGUGUUCUUGAUGGGAUGAUAAGACAGUUACAGCAGCAGCAGGAUCAGAGACUGGGAGCAGAUCACGAUACCGUUCCAAGUGGACUUCCCAGUGGGGAAGAAACACCCCGAAGAGGUUUUAGAAGACUGAGCUUAGAUAUCCAGUCCCCUCCAAAUAUUGGUCUGCGUCGUAGCGGACAAGUGGAAGGUGUUCGUCAGAUGCAUCAGAAUGCUCCACGCAGUCAGAUUGCUACUGAGCGUGACCUGCAGGCUUGGAAACGAAGAGUGGUUGUACCAGAGGUACCACUAGGCAUAUUUAGGAAAUUGGAAGACUUCAGAAUAGAGAAGGGUGAAGAGGAAAGAAAUCUUUAUAUAAUAGGAAGAAAAAGGAAGACUCUCCAGCUCACACAGAAGUGUGAGUCGCUGGCGCUGCUGUCCCAGUCCCGGCAGAGGACGUGCAGGCGCAGGCGCCUGAAUUACAGUCGAAGAAAUCUUGGGCGGCUUGAGCUGUCUUCUGGAAAUGAAUCUUCGAGCUCUGGAAGACACGAGUCUUCCUGUGAUCAGAGUGAAGGUUCUUGCUCUUCUGAAGAAGAGGAGUGGAGGAGUGACAGGAGGAGUCAGAGUGACAGCGAAAGUUCAAGUGACUCAUCAUCUAGAUACUCUGACUGGACAGCUGAUGCAGGCAUCAAUUUGCAGCCUCCUUUACGAACGUCAUCACGUCGACGAGUUACCCGCUUUUGCAGUAGUUCAGAGGAUGAAAUGUCUACUGAGAAUUUAUCUCCUCCAAAAAGGAGACGAAAGAGAAAGAAAGAAAAUAAGCCUAAAAAAGAGAGCUUGCGGAGGAUGACUCCGGUGGAGCUUGCAAAUAUGGAACAUUUAUAUGAAUUUCACCCUCCCGUGUGGAUAACGGACACCACACUUCGAAAGUCUCCUUUUGUUCCUCAGAUGGGUGAUGAGGUAAUCUAUUUUCGACAGGGUCACGAAGCUUAUAUUGAGGCUGUCAGAAGAAAUAACAUUUAUGAACUGAACCCUAAUAAGGAGCCAUGGAGAAAAAUGGAUCUUAGGGAUCAAGAGUUGGUCAAAAUAGUUGGAAUACGAUACGAGGUUGGGCCCCCUACGCUCUGUUGCCUCAAACUAGCAUUUAUAGAUCCUGCAACUGGAAAACUUUUGGACAAAUCUUUCUCUAUUAGAUACCAUGAUAUGCCGGAUGUCAUUGACUUUCUUGUACUGCGUCAAUUUUAUGAUGAAGCAAGACAGAGGAAUUGGCAGUCUUGUGAUAGGUUCCGUUCUAUCAUUGAUGAUGCUUGGUGGUUUGGAACAGUGCUAAGUCAAGAGCCAUAUCAGCCGCAGUACCCUGAUAGUCAUUUCCAGUGCUACAUCGUUAGGUGGGACAAUACUGAAAUUGAAAAACUUAGCCCAUGGGACAUGGAACCAAUUCCUGAUAAUGUUGACCCACCUGAAGAGUUAGGAGCUAGUAUUUCUGUCACUUCCGAUGAGCUAGAGAAAUUACUCUACAAACCUCAAGAUGGUGAAUGGGGCCAGAAAUCGAGAGAUGAAGAAUGUGAACGAAUUAUUAGUGGUAUAGACCAACUUUUGAAUCUUGACAUAGCAGCGGCUUUCGCAGGGCCAGUUGAUCUCUGUACGUACCCGAAGUAUUGCACCGUAGUAGCUUAUCCAACCGACCUCUACACGAUUCGAAUGAGGCUCGUUAAUCGAUUCUACAGGAGGCUAUCUGCAUUAGUUUGGGAAGUCAGAUACAUAGAACAUAAUGCCAGGACAUUUAAUGAGCCUGAAAGUGUAAUUGCAAGAUCAGCUAAGAAGAUAACUGACCAACUUUUAAAAUUUAUCAAGAAUCAAGACUGUACACAUAUCUCAGAACUUUCUAACACUUCCGAAAAUGAUGAGCAAAAUGCCGAGGAUUUGGAUGAUAGUGAUCUUCCUAAAACAUCUUCUGGAAGAAGGAGAGUCCGUGAUUGGAAAAAAACGAGCAUCAAAGCCACCAACUAUGUUGAAAAUAACUGGAAGAAACAGUGUAAGGAACUGGUGAACUUAAUUUUUCAGUGUGAAGAUUCUGAACCAUUUAGACAACCUGUUGAUUUGGUUGAAUAUCCAGACUACCGAGAUAUUAUAGAUACUCCAAUGGAUUUUGGAACAGUAAGGGAAACUUUAGAAGCAGGAAAUUAUGACAGCCCUUUGGAAUUUUGCAAAGACAUCCGGUUGAUAUUUAGCAAUGCAAAAGCAUAUACACCAAACAAAAGAUCAAAGAUUUACAGUAUGACCUUGAGAUUGUCUGCCUUAUUUGAAGAAAAAAUGAAGAAAAUCUCCUCUGAUUUUAAAAUUGGUCAAAAAUUCAAUGAAAAACUUCGAAGAAGCCAGAGGUUCAAGAGACGGCAAAAUUGUAACCGUGUCAGUCAGGCCAACAGAAGUAUCAGAAAUAUCAAACAGAAGCGGUUAAAAUCUCAGACAAAAGUAAUUCCUGAAUUGGUGGGUUCUCCUGCCCACUCUCCCUCCAGUAGGGGUGCCUAUUCUGCAGGCCGUAAGACAGGUGCUAGUGUCUCUUCGGGCGUGACUUCUGGGGACUCCUCAGAUUCGGCAGGAUCGUCAGAAAGAAUGAGAAGACUUAGGACUGUCACUCUGAAAAAUGGCUCCACGUUAUCUGAAAGUGAAAUGGAAGAUUCCUUAGGUACCUCUUCAUCUUCAGCUUCAAAUAGUUCAGAGGAAAGCAAAGAGAGUUCAAGACCUCGGGAAUCUUCCUUACGUAGUGGGCUGGCCAGAAGCAGUAAUCUCCGGGUGACCAGAACCAGAGCUGCUCAAAGGAAAACUGGUCCAGUUUCUUUAGAAAAUGGAUGUGGCAGAAAAGCCACUCGAAAGAGAGUCUAUUUAAGUGACUCUGAUAAUAAUUCAGUGGAGGCUGGUGAGAGCCUAAAAGCCAGGGCUGGAAAUAACCGGAAAGUGCUACGAAAGUGUGCUGCUGUGGCUGCCAAUAAGAUCAAGCUGAUGAGCGACGUCGAGGAGAACUCUAGCUCUGAAAGUGUCUGUUCUGGCCGGAAGCUGCCUCACCGUAAUGCUUCUGCUGUGGCUAGAAAAAAGUUAUUACACAAUUCUGAAGAUGAUCAGAGCUUAAAGUCAGAAAUUGAAGAAGAGGAGCUAAAAGAUCACAAUCGACCAUCACCACUGUCCAAUUCUCAUGCUGCCCAGAAUACUGUGAAUGAAUCUGAAAAUGGGGAUUCAGAGUCAGAAAGUGACUUACGAGUAGCCCGAAAAAAUUGGCAGGCCAAUGGUUACAAGUCUCAUACUCUGGCAACUUCUAAAACAAAAUUUCUUAAGAUAGAGUCUUCUGAGGAAGACUCUCAAAGUCACGAUUCAGAUAAUGUACAGAACAGAACUGCUGGUCCGUCAACCUCUGGGCAGAAACUUAGGGCAAAAAGCAUCUCCGAGGAAGAGGAAGAAGCAGAUUCCGAACCGGGAAAGUAUGCUGGUAGAAAGUACAACACAGGUCGCAAGAAUCUUACUUUCCUUAAAAAAGCAAAGAUCUUCAGUGAUUCUGAGGACUCCGAAUCCGAACGGCGAGAUCGAGAAGAUGGCCGAUGUCAUGAAAUGGACACCAACCCGAUCAGAGGGGGUUUGAAGCGUGAACCAAUUGCUGGGUCCCAGUGUUUCUCAGAUCAUGUAUCUGAGACCGAUUUGGAUUCAGAUGAUGACAAAACAAAAGAAAAACCCAACAGUUUUGUGAGAGAUUCUCCAUCACAAGACCAUGGACAAAGCAGAAAGGUUUCCAGGAAAAGGGUCUGCUCCAGUGACUCAGACAGCAAUUCCAAGGUGAAGAAGAAGUCCUCAAAAGCCAAAACGCGACCCCUCAGGACUCCUCGAAGAAGUGCCAGCACCGCCGCCGGGAAGAUCAAGCUCGUGAGCGACGCGGAAGACGGCAGUUCGGGCAGCGUGUGCACUAGAAGCCGACACGGGAGGAAGAAGCCCGUCCCUGCCGCCUGUGCCUCUUCGGCCCCGAAGAUGGGGAGCGAUUCGGAGGGAGCCGCAAGCUGUGAAGUGCCGGACGAGCCGUGUGCUUGCGGAGGGGGCCCGGGAGGCGGUCCUGCGGAGCCGGAGGGCCACUCCGACUCGGAAGGUGCGCGCAGUUCCGAGCGCGGGGGCAGGCGCGCCCGGGGCCCCAGGGCGGACGGGGCGCCUCCCCAAGCCAGGCAUUCCUCCGCCGGGUCUUCAGGGGAAGAGUCGAAAAGCCAUAUUCCAGGGGGCGAGACGGGCAGGAAGAAGGUUUCCGCGGAGGCCGCUUCGGAGCAGAAAGCGGCUGCGGAGCCCAGCUUCGAGGAGGAGCUGAGUUACGGGCUGCGCAGGUGGAACGGCCGGCGGCUCCGGACCUACGGGAAGGCGCCGCUGCGGGGGGCGGCGGCGGCGGCGGCGGCGGGGGCGGGGGCGGGGGUGGAAGCCGAGGCCGGGCGCAAGAGGCUGCGCCCGGAUCCGGGGGAGGCCCCGGGAACCGCGGCGCGGGGGGCGGCCCGGGGCGCGCGCGCCCCCAGCCCCAGCCCCAGGUCCGCGUCCGAGCCGGCCUCCGCCACCGAGUCCGACGGGGACUGUGCCGACGACGCCAACACCAAAAAGAGGAAAACGAAGGGAAAAGCAAAGGCCGCCGGAAAAGGUAAAGCCUGUGCGGCCGCCGCGUCCCGAAGCGCGCGGCGGCAGAGACAGAGCAAACGGCCCAGGUUGAGUGUGGACGAUAACGACUGGGAAGAUCUGGACUAUGCAAAGUCGAAAAGAGGGCUUCGGCGCUCGAAAAUAAAAACGAGGAAUCAGGGCAGAAGGACCGUGAGAUACCACGACGGGGAUGAUGACAGAAGCUUAGAGAACGGGAUAGAUUUUGAUGAUUGCACCUUAUGACCUUGAGAGAAAACCAGUUCAUUCGAAGAGGAAAUGGACUGGAAUUUAUGGUGAAAGCUGGCUGUUGAAAUUAUUUUUUGUCCUACAAUUCAGGGAAUAUAUUUAUAUUUUUCUAUGAAAAGUUAUGAAUGUGACUAAAUCAUGACUGUUAUUUUUAUUUGCACUUGCUUGCCUUUGUAGCAGCGUUCAGCACAGGUGCCAAAAUAUGCUUCAUUUUGGGGGCAGAUCUACUUUGACAGUAUUGAACUACAGAGAGCAAGGAUUUGAAGUAUGUUCAACACUAGACAUCCUGGUUGUCAAAACCAAUAAGCAUUACUUUCACGGUAGCAAGUGUCAUGCAGUCAUUUGCUGAGUGUGUCCAGAGGUGGUAGUUUCUAACCCCUGUUCUGUUGUCGUAGAACAAUUUCACCCGUGGCCUAUGUUUACAGAUUCUUCAUAAAUAUUAUGUGCAUACUGACGGAUCGAUCAUGGGAGGUGUAACCAUGAUUAGUAGGCGAGGUACCUACCACUUUUUUUUUUUUUUUCUUUUCUUUUAUUUCCCUGGCUACUUGAGCAGAAUGCAUUAUACCAGAUUUGGUCAUUUUCAUUCAAAUGGUUUCUCUCCAAAUGCUGUUGGGUCUUUUCUCUCUUUUUCUUUAUUUUUAAGGAAAAUGUCAUCACUUUUAUUUUAUAAACUUGAAUUUAUAAAGUGCUGGUAAAUUAUUUUUUAAAAUGUUUGGAUUGUAUAUUUUAAACCUCGAAGGCCCCAAGCAUAGCCCUGGCAUUUUCUUUUAAGUUGUGCACUAACAGAAUGCUAUAUAAUUUGUCUUUCCAAGAUCUCCUGAUUUCUGUGUAAGGGAUUUAACCAAAAUCUUGGUCUUCCAUAGUCUUACUCUGUGAAAUAGAGGAGUUUGUGUGCCUUAGAUUUAGGAAAAGUGUGUUCUUUAAUAGAGUGUACAGGGCCAAGAGAGUAUUUAAAUUAUACGUAGAUCCCCCCCCCCCCCCCCAUUUCCAUUGAGAUUGUAGAGUUCAGUUUUGUUAAGAGUGCAAUCGCAAAUCUCAUCUAUAUAGGGAAAUAGUUCAAUGUCAUUCUCCACCUCUCUGUUUUAGCUUACUGCUGCCAUGUGCAAUCCCGAGCAUUCUUGGCGGGGGCAACUCAGUGCAUCUUUUGUUAGUGACCCCUAGUUUAAGAAACUGUCUUGUGCUGUGGGAGAAGACUUUUGGAAUCCAUUCAAAGUGAAACUUCUAUCACAUCAUCAAAUACCAUAGUACACUUAUUUUUGAGCCAAAUAUUUUUGCUUGAUAGGUUGUGCUACUCCGUAGAGUGUAGGUGGCCAUUCCUAGCUUGUUUGUGCCUGAAGAUGGACUUGAUUCCAAUGGUUUACAUAUUUCGUAGCUGAGGAGUAUGUUGCAGUACUCCUACCUCUGUUAUUUAUUGGCCCUGUGUUUGGUGUCAGACAAAAUUAAUCCUCUUCUCCUGUGUAUGCUUAAGGUGGCAGAUACGGAAAAGCAUCAGACUCUGGUAUCAAUGUUAGAGAAUGUUCUUAAGUUUGUUACUUUUUAGUCAUCUAUUCUAUUUGACAUGGUAGAAGGUACUUUCUAUUCUGAUGUAAGGGGAAGGAUGUUUUUGGACAUUACCAACCGAGACAGGUGGGAUACCUGUCUCUCCUUUGGUUGUUUGGAGAGCUGUCGCCGCUUCAAAACUAUGAUGCUCUUCUUCUCAAAGCUUGUGUUGAGGGUAUAGUACAGAGAGUGAUUCAGGAGAAUUGUCCUUGACUAUUGACCUGAAGAAAUUAAUGGAAUGUUCUUUACUUCCCUAGUUUUAAGAAAUGGUGAUAGAUGUCAUUUUCAUUAAUUUAUUUAAACUCUUCUUAAGCUUCUCUGUUUUAUAUCUAUUCUCAGGGUUAUAACUCCAUGUUUACCAUCAUCUGCAAAAAGGUACCAAAAAAAUCCAUAAAUAAAAAUAUAGAAUACAUUCUAAAACUAUAAAUUAUUUUGUAAGGUGAUACUUUGAUCAUUUAGGCUUCAUCGGUAGAACUAUUCUUAAUCUUUUGGCCUGAGUUAACUGGUCAUAGAUUGGCUGGUCAACCAAUUACUGAUUUUUCUUUCUGUCCAAAACGGUUAGACCUUUGUAUAUAGAAAGCAGUGUUUUGGUUUCAUCUGGGGAAAAAAAAAAACCAAGAAUUUGUCCUGGUGACUUUGAAGGCAUGGUUGACAGUGGUAGCUUCUCCAGUUCUGAAGUAAAACUAAGGGAUUAUAGUGAGAAUCAUUUUUAUGGGUUUUUUUGGUCAUGGUGCUAUUCCUAAGGUUAACUUUGAAUAUGUGACACACACUCGUAAGUACUUUAAGGAAAAUUAAUAAAUAAUUAAUAGUUCAAAAUGUUUACAUUGAGCACUAGAACAUGUUUGACUUUUUUUCUACUUUAUGCGAAUUGCGCAGGGAUUUAAUGCACGGAUGUACUUUAAUGUGUUUGGGAUCAGUUUGUAUUUUCUUGUGAAAAAGACAAAAGGUUGCAAAUUGAAUGUGAACCGAUCCAGAAGUAAGUGCUAUCUGGCUUUCCAUUGCACUUGAAGUAACUUGAUGGUGUACAUGAAAACAAACCAGAACGAAACUACUGUGGUCGUGUAUGUCCAAAGCCCUAUGAUUUUAUUCCUUUAUGGUUGGAAAAAGGUCUGUGGUUAUCAGACUUGAUUUUUGAUUCCUUCGAAAGUAUUAAGGAAAAAAGAUGUCAAACAUUUAAAAAAUAGCUGAGGUUUAAAAAGCAUUUUUUUCGUAUCAUACUUAUUUUAAAAGGGUAUACUGACAAUGUGUAGUAACUUCUGAAUAAAAGGGAAAGUGUAUCCCAUUUUCAGAUACUUCUUAGGGUGGUCGUUCUCCCUUUUUUAUUUUAGGGGGAAUCUCUGAUUAAAUCCUUUCUCAAUUUAGAAAUGCUUGGAAAGAAUGAUAAAGCAUUUAUUCACAGCUUCUUAGUUACAACAUAAGAGUUUCUUCUAAAUAGUAGAGAGUCGUACCUAAAAAAGCAAAUUAAUUUUAUAAUAUGAAAAUGGGGAGAAGAAUUUCUGUUCGGGGAAAAGGCACUUCAGAACCUGGAAUUGCAAAUGGAAAAGGAGAUCUGAAGCCAAAAGAAAUGCCAUCUUGAAAGUAUUACUGUCCCUAAAUAAUAAGACCUGUCACUGAAUCUUCAUGCUCCAUUGGUUAAUGACAUCUUAGGUAAAACAUUCUUAGAAGCCUCCCUACUUAGAAGGGUUCCUACUACAUCCCCUGUCCCUCUCCUAGCCUUUUAAAAUAACCAGAACACAGAAUGUAUUAACUAAAGUGUAGUGCUUUAAAAAACCAAAUUGAAAGGAUUUUAAUCUCUUUUGUCAGUGCACAUUGAACUUGAUCGUGCCGCUUGAAAACAAUGAGGUUUGUGUGUCAGUAGAAUGCAAGAGUGUUGUUCAAGGCGCUCACGAUAUUUUUAGUUUUCCUUCCUACUCUACCGUAUUGGUUUUUUUGAGUAACUUUUAAAUGGCUAGAACAGGUCGGGUGUGCCUUGCCCUUUAUAGCUGAACUAUCAGCUCCCCCCUUUUUGUCCGUAUUAAGUCAGCGUAUUUACUUUCUCGAGCACCUUGUAGUUGUCCACAAACACUUCAGCACCUUACACUGUAUGGAACUUGUAGUUCAGUUAUCUCGUGGUAUGAUGGAAUGCACCAGAGCGCCUUCACUGCGGAAGAACUUUCCAUUAUUACCUAAGUCGAUCUCUCAACUCCCGCUGUGGAUAGCAGCAAAUAAUAAAGCAGAAAUCGUAAGAAAUUUGCAGCUUCACUGUUUAAGACUGUCUUGAUUCCAGUAUUUGGGAACAAAGACCAAACCCAAGUAUAAUUUGUCAAAGCCAGGGAGAAAAUGGAACAUUGUGGAAAAAUCUAGUCCAACCAGAUUAGCACAUGCUAAUACCACUUUGGUAGCUCAAAAUUGUGAAUUAAUGGAGAGGAUUAAAGUGUAAAGACUAUAAUGGCGAGGGCUGUGUUGUCUUUUCUCACGUUUUGAGUUUUUCGUAGCUAUUUUCUUAAACUGUAGAUGUUGCCUUAAGGGUAUGUGGGAAUUCUCAAAGUUGAGAGAUUUUUACCAGUUCCUGAUAAUCUGCCAAGCUGGUUCCUAAUACAUUGUUAAUUUGGUAGAAAAAUAUGAAGACCUUUUCUUGGUGUCUCCUCAAGGAUUGCUUGUGUGGAUCUGAUGUAGGGAGGUUGGCUGGGGCCAGUUACAACAUCGGGGUCUUCAGAUCUGCAGGCUCUCUGUCUUUGGCAGCCUGUAAGUAACUGUAGACUGUCAGGACUGAUAGCUUCACUGAAUUUAAUUGUCAGUGUUUCCGUAUACUUUCUGGUCAUACUUUAGUUUUUAAGGUAAUUUGAAGGUAAGUUUUUAUCAUUUAUUAAAACCUCUGUUGGGAAUUUGGGCUCCUAAAGAGGCUUCUGACUGACCCAGCUGGAACGAGACGGCCAGCUAGAGUUUGCCUGGACCACAAGCGGCCAGCCUGGCCUACGGGGAUGUUGUUUAGAAGUUAUUACCCUUUUUGAUCAGUGGCUAAAUGUCGAAAGUGAUCUUUCAUUUUUAAUAUAUUGAAGGUAAUUUUCUAGGUGCUGAUCCUCGCUUAGUCCUUGGACCAUACGCACACAUUCAGCUCACCUAUGAAACUCUAACCGUUUCACUGGAGCCAGACAAAAAGGCAGAUCUUUAGAAGAUUUUCCACUCGCACACAAGAUCUUGCAAAACUUUAACUUUCUAAAUAAACUCAUUACCAUGCCUGACUCUCGGUUGGUAUCUAGGAACCAGUUUAAUUUUUUUUUAGUUACUAAAAGAGUAUAUAUAAUAAACUUAAUGUUAUCCUACUGACAAGUAAAAGGUUUUUUCUUUCCUUUUUUAAACUACUUCAAGCCUUCUAGCUGAUUCAUUCCAUAAGGUCUGCAGGAGGCAGCCAAUUUCCCUUGCAACUUAUCUUUACGGUUUCUCAAACAGCUUACUGUCCACUUGUGACUAGUUUCUCUAGCAGGCAGAACGCGGGGCCACACUGUGUUGGAUGGGCCAGGAGGACUGAAGGGAGACUAGAGAUGGGCUUGAAAGGGGGUUGGCGUGGGAUUGUCUGUGCCCUGCUGCUUCUCUUCGGUGAAGUAAUAAAGUAGUCGAAAACCAGUGUUUAUUUCUGAUACCCUCUCCUGCCAAACAGUUCGAAAUGCUCUGAGAGCUAUCUAAAGUUUACUAAACAGAUAGAUACAGGAUCGUCGAAUUCAUGCUUGAUAGAACUUUUAUCAGAUUUUUAGAAAAAACUUGCAGUAGUCAUCACAAGUCUUUGAGAAUCGUAAGAAUGACUGUCACCAGUUAACUGCUGAAGACGAGAGAGAGCUGUAUAGCGAUGAGCUACUCAGCCGUAGAGGCAGAACAAAACCAAGUUCUGUGGUGCCCAUCACGGAGUGUGCUGCAUUUAUUCAACCAUAAGAGUGACCAAGCUGGCAAAGAACAACUCUUGAUUAGGGAAUUAUUUCUGACAAGCUCAGGAUCCCGUGUGGCCCCAGUGUAGAGGCUGACUUCUCAGUGUUAAUUAACCAACUCACCCGGAAAAUAGAAGUGUUCCGUUCUGGGAGUUACAGGGAACACGUUAGUCUACAGUCAUCCUCUACAGAGACUUUCCCGUGUAUGGGAUCUUUUUGGAAACUUACGCUUUUGGAGGGAUGACUGUCAGUGACAAAUGCUGUUUGUUUCCUGAGUUUUGAUCAUUUUAUUAUCAGUGAAGGGCAGACAGUGAAGAAAGGGCAUCUCAGACUGACUCUGUCAAAAGCCUUGCUUGAGGGAGGUGGUUGUGUUUUGCAACUAAAAGGUUUCUCCUCUGUGGAUUGAUAACCCGCCACAGCAGCCACUGACCUCAGUACUUCAAAAGUAUGUAAAAUAGGCUAGCACAUUUUCAUUUUCAGACGUGCUUUUAUCAUCUUCCAUUCUCAGAUUUGUUUUUAAUACUGCAGUUAAAAAUGCGAUGAGAUUAAAAUUUUUCAUCCUUCUAUAGCAGUGAUGUGAAGUUUAUUCUGGGUUUAGGAAGACAGUUUUGUAUUAAGUAUCAUAAUUGGAAUAUGAUUAGUCCUUAACACAUAGAAGCUUAGAGAUGCUUGCUUUGACUCAAAACGGAUGUCUGCAUCCAAGUUCCUAUUCACCACAGAGCGUCUUAGAAUACAGUGAUCUGGGCGUUAGAAUUAAAGUGGUCCCCCAGGUGAACUGUGAUGGAGUGCUACUACGCAUGCACGUUUUCGUUCCACGAAUGAGGUUUUUGCCAUCCCCCAAUAGGGAGUCAUUUAUAGGAAAGCAGCAGUGCCUCAGGCUCUCACUGCUCCAGGACACGUGACUCACCAAGCCCCACCAAGACCUGCUAGGACAGUUCGACUUGGGGGACUGUACUGACUGGUUAGUAUUAAGUGACACUGUCCCAUAUGUAUUGUUAGAGUAGUGGCCUCCAAAACUUUUAAGCUUGUACCCUGACCUCUAGAUUGGACUUCUCUCUAACCCUGAAUUAUCCUGUAUAUAUUUGUAAAAACGAUUUGUAGUUUUCUCAAGGAGAGUAAAGCACUUUAUAAUUUGCCAAGUUCUCAGUAAUAAAAUUGACCCCGACUUACGUGUACAUACUAUUUUUUAACAAUUUCCCACACUGUCACUCUUCUGUGUUCCUCAGAUUGCUUUUAUCUUCACCUUGUGAGCUUUCCACUUUAGGUCUGAGGCUAGAGCUACGGCUCCAUCAAGCUGGAGCGGCUGUCUACACUAGCACGGACUCUUCUCCCCCGUCUUGACGUACUAACUUAUUGGAAGUUCAGAUUUUCUUAAAGUACUUUUAAAAGCCUGAUCAGAGUUUCUUCAAUAGAAUCUUAACUGUUUUCCCUCAUUUUGGAUUACAAAUAAGCACUUAUUCAAACGAGUUCGUGUUAGUAUUUUACCAGGUUCCUAAACGGUCAAUACAGGUACUGCCAUCAGUACAUCAAAAAGGAAUUCAUUGCUGCACCUGAAGUCCUUGUGUCCCAAAGAAAUCCUUAGUUGCGAUAGGAUUUUCUCCAUACUAUCGACGUGUUGUUGAGAUUGAUCUGGUUGGCCGCUUUUAAUGUUUCAACGCGCAAAUGGAUGUGGUUGAGUGACUCUGGUGCGUGUCCUCAUCCCCACUGUAAGUCGAAUUUCACCUUAAUUUUGUUACACGCUUAGAAAAGCCUCAUUUGUCUGUCGUAGCAUGUUAAUUUGCCUUCUGGUAUUUGCCUAACAUUGACGUAAUGUGCCGAGGGUUCAUUUUGGAUCGGGGGUUGCUUUGCAGAGACUGUAGUUCGCACCAAGCAUUCCCGAGAAGAGGCCCUUCCGGGCAAACGCCCUGCUCUUCAGGCCGCUUGUGCGAGCGAGGGCCCAGAGCCCGCCAGGCGGUGCUGCCCAACGGGCCGGGGGAUGAGCUCAGGCCGUUCAAGAAGUGCCGUUUUUGCAAUGCCUGGUGACUUCCGUUGAACAAAACGUGUUACCUUUAGAAAUAGGAUUUCACUGGAAACGCAUAUACGGCACCUAAUUGGCCAAAGGGCCUGCUGCACUUGGGGGGGGGGGGGUGUUGCUUUUAGGAUAGCAGCUCCUCACCUGCUCCGGGGGAGCUCUGUCACGGGUCUUGGAGAAAGCACAUCUUUGAAAUGAGUGUCACAGAGUUAGGGCCAAAUCUGAAGGGCUUUCCUUUCGAGAGCAGAAGACUUGUCCUCAAUUCUUUACUAAUGAACGUGUCAGUCAACAGAAGCCCGUUUUCACCUGCAACUCCUUUGCCCUUGGUGACGGAAGGACAAACCUCUCCGUUCAUAAAGGAAAAGCUGGGAAGGUUCACUGCGAUAGAAUAAUAGCAUCGCGUGAUGGCCGACAGAACGAAAUGAGCCCUCAUCUUCUCGGCUUUUGUAGUGAAAGGGACCCAGUGGGAGAGAAUGCGGAUGUCAAGGGGGGGAAUUUCAGUGAUCUAUAGCCUGUUCGAACCGACUGCUGACUGUCUGGAAACUUGAGGUGCGGUCCUGCAAACUCCCCCCCCCCCCCCCCCCCCCCCCCCCCCGGCAAGACUUGUGUGCCUUUUCAAUGGUUUUAGGUAGUUUGACUUAAUGGCUGCAAGACCGGAUGGAUGGCCAGCUGAUGAGGCCUAGCAUUCAGGGGCUGAUGCACUUUAGGUGCGUUUGAGAUACAGGUUUUCCCACCACUGGCAAGUAGGGCGCUCCUGGGAAUCUUCCUAAGCCCAAACAGCAUAAAGCAGAGAUGCAACUAUGCCAUUAACUUCUAUGGGAAAAACUGGGGUCAUAUGCAGACCCUGAAAAAUGACCCGUCAGGCUUCUCUGAUACCUUAGGACAUGCUAACAUGCACAAAGUCAGCGGAGGUCAGGCCCAGGUGAUCGGACAGUUCCAAGAGCUCUGGCAGCGGGGGAGGGGGCUUGGUGGGCGGUGCGCCUCUGGAAAACGUUGCUGUCAGAGCCAACACCGAACGCUGUUUGUGCUUUUCAGGCUUUUUCUUUCUUUCUUAGUGUUUGUUUAUUCUUGAGAGAGAGAGACAGAGCAUGAGCGGGGGAGGGGCAGAGCGAGAGAGGGAGACAGAAUCCGAAGCAGGUUCCAGGCUCCGAGCUGUCAGCACAGACACCGAUGUGGGGCUCGAACUCACCAACCGAACCGUGAGAUCAUGACCUGAGCCGAAGUCAGACGCUUAACGACUGAGCCACCCAGGCGCCCCUUUUGGCUGGCAAAACCAGGCAGGUCUGUUGUAAAAGCCAGGUGACAUCACGCAAACUUCCAAAAAGUGGAGAAUGUCUGUACUUCUGCCCUAGAAGUGCACUGAUCAUUCCUGGAUUUGAAAUUUGCAAAUGCAGCUUUGAGACCCGGGCAGAAAUAAAAAGGAUGUGAGCCCACCUAAGCUGGUAGACGCAGAGCGGUGGCAUAACAUCAUGUGACUUGGUACAACUGGGACGGAUCCCCAGCCACACCGAGCAAGUUGCUUCUGGACAGCUUUUAGUCUUGCCUUUUGACAGUGGGGCCCCUCCAGUUUGUAGCUCUCAGCUACAGCAACACCUCCUCAAAGGGAGCUUUCCUUGCCCUUUCUAGAAGGUGUCCUCAUGGCUCCCAACACUUUUUAGUCCUUACAGCAACUAGAGUUCCAGGUAUAGAAUUAGUUUGCUUUAGAAUCCUUAUCCUGAUCCUCUGGAUGCCUGGCAUAUACCUUGCUGAGAAAAUAUCUGAAUAAUAAAUGAAACCAGGAUUUAAGAAUUACAGUUAAAUAAAAUGCUCAAAUAGUUGAAAAAAUGGACCUAGGAUUAAAACCAUAUUUUAGUUCUCUAAAAUGAAUAGGCAGUUCCUUUUUAUCUGCCGGUUCAUGUUUUUUUGGCUAAAGGUGUUGGAAUUAACACUUUCAGGACUGUCUUGAAGCAGAGCUGAUAGUCGUGAUGGCAUUGCUUUCUCAUUUAGGUUCCAGGAAAAUUAUUUCAAAGCUCAUUGAAUAUCCUAAGCUAGUUCGACAUACUUUUAGAAACAAUACCAAAAAUUUAGUGCUUUAUGAUGCCACAGGUACCUUCUCAGAAGCCUGGUACUGUUUUAAGUGACUGUUCUCUUUCCAGAUUGGAGAGUAUACCUGGUGGCAUACUACUCAAGACUUCCUUUUGUAGGUGUGGAGGUGGGAGUAGUAUCACUGAUGAUAAUCACUUACGUUUUUCCUUAUUUGGCAGUGUGAAUAGUUAAAAACAUUUUUUUAACGUUUAUUUAUUUUUGAGAGAGACAGCGUGCGAGCAGGGUAGGGGGAGGGAGAGAGGGAGACACACAGUCCGAAGCAGGCUCCAGGCUCUGAGCCGUCAGCACAGAGCCCGACGCGGGGCUCGAACUCACGAAUCACGAGAUCAUGACUGAGCUGAAGUCGGACGCCCAACCGACUGAGUCACCCAGGUGCCCCAAUGAGUAGUUUUAAAACUUCCGAUCUGGGGAUUUGUUAUUGAGGAACAUAAGCAGCGGUAAAGUCUUGUGUUGCAAGUGUUUGCAUUUAUGUGAACUUUCACUCAUUUUUCAGACUCUGUUCCCGGAGAUAGAGAACCCAAUACAAAAGUGAGAACGUGUAUGCAGCAUCAUCAGGAUGCAGUGCCAAUGCCUCAUGAAAUUCUGAAAGCAGAAAUGGUACCUGAGAAAGUUCCCCGUAGAUGUGCUACUGUGGCUGCAAAUAAAAUAAAAGUAGGAGUAAUCUAAAGGAAAAGCUUUCAGGACCAGAAAAUGUCUGGAUUAGAAAGAGCAGCAGAAAACUGCCCCAUCGAAGUGCGGCUGCUGUGGCUAAGGAAAAGUUACCGAGUGUUUAUAAAGAGGAGGAUACAAGCAUAAAUUCAGGAAGUGAAAAAGAACCAGAAGGUAUUAAUAGCACAGCGCUUUUCUUAAGGCGUUCAGAUCCUGGAAAGAAAAAGCACAAUAAUGACUAGGAAAAUGUAGGAGUGAUUUGAAUUUGGAUUCAAUCAGGGAUUGUAUCUGAUUGGACACAGUCAGAUACAAAUAAACUGGCAGUUGCAUUCUGCUCCUAGCUUGAAGUUAAUCCCUUGUUGGCACUUUCUGAGGAAUUUUCUUUUCUUUUCUUUUUAAUGUUUAUUUUUGAGAGAGAGGUAGAGUGUGAACGGGGGAGGGGCAGAGAGAGAGGGAGACACAGAAUCCGAAGCAGGCUCCAGGCUCCGAGCUGUCAGCACAGAGCCCGACGCGGGGCUCGAACUCAAAGGCCCUGAGAUCAUGACCUGAGCCGAAGUCGGACGCUUAAGCAACCGAUUGAGCCACCCAGGCGCCCCUCUGAGGAAUUUUCUAAAAGCCAUACUCCGGUGGGUCAAAGUGGGAGGAAGCCUUCCUUGCAGUGGGCUCUUGCACAGAGACACAUAACAGAGAAUCCGGGGGUUGGGGGGUGUAAUAGAUUGUGGAGCCCGUAGUGGAGAGGUGGAAAGAAAAGGACAAAUGGCCGGUCACAAGAUUAUUUCUGUUCAGAAAGGAAGGGUCUUGAAGAAAUCUCUUGGUUCCUUAGAGGAACAUAAUGGAAAGUGUACUGUACCUUCAGGGACUG